AUGCUUGUACCACCAGAGAACUUUGGGACGGUUGAGUCUGGAAUUUACAGAAGUACCAAAUUAGAAAGUGAAAACUUCCCGUUUUUACAAACUCUCAACUUGAGAUCAAUGGUGAUAUUAGAUACCGAAAAGCCACCACGAUCAUUGAAUAAUUUUUUAGAAGCCAAUCCCAGUUUGCAGUUUUUCAAUUUAGGUGGAAUGAAAAUAUCUAAUCAUCAGCAUACUGGUAUUGUUUCCAAAGGUGACCAAGACGAUGUUGAUAUGGCCAGAGGCACCAGUUUAUCUCUCAACACACCUAAAAAUUUCUUCAGUUCUAUUUCCUUAAAUCGUAAAGAUCAAUGGAUGUUAAUUGAGAAAAAUAUUGUUAUGAAAGCAUUUGAAAUAAUGUUUAAUAAGAAAAAUUAUCCAUUACUUAUUAUUGAUAGCUCUGCCACUUUAAUUGGAGUGUUGAGAAGGAUACAGAAAUGGAAUUUCAAUUCAAUUCUUAAUGAAUAUAGAAUAUAUUCCGGAAUGUCUACGAAAAAUAACUAUUAUGCAGAAACUUUUCUUGAGUUAGUUCAAGUGGAAUUAAUUGCCUAUGAACAUCAUAGCACAAGUAGAAGAAAUUCUCGAGGAAAUAACAGCAUGUGUAUGAGAUCAAAUUCAAUCGACACUGAUAAUGGUGACCUUAGUGAAACAAGUGAUGUGAAUAAUUUCGAUGACGACUACGAUGCUAUUGAAGAUGAAGAUGAUGAAGAUUUGGAUGAUUUGGACGAUGAAUUGCUUUCGGCAUCUCCGCAGAUUCCGGCAAACUUGUUAAAGCUAGUUGAACAGGGGAACAAUAGUAAUAGAGAACCAAAGAAACGGUUAAGUUCUGUCGAGGGGAAGAAAAUUAGUCACCCCAGAAGCAACAGCUAUUCCAAUUCUCCUUCAUUCAGUGGUGAUCAUUUCUUGAGUGCAAGAAGUAACCGACGCAGAUCAUCUACACAAGAGAAUAGUUUUAACGUGUACAAAAAUCUAAAGUUCAGAAACAGUCAUGCCAAAUCCCCCUCUGGUGAUUAUAUCAGUACUUCUCCUACAUUGAGAAGAAAAGAGUCGAGAAAUAAUAGUCAAGUGGAAUUUAGUGAACUUACUGAUUUCAUGUAUUACAAGAAUUUGCAAAAAUACCCUAAAACUUUCGAACAUGUUCAUGUAUUAAAGAUAAAGCUACCUGCCGAGUACAAGCUACCUGAUUGGUUUAUUGUUUGUAGAAAUGCUUGGGAACGAGAGUUCCAAAGGUUGAAUAGUGAAGAAAAAUACUAA